GGGAGGUCAGUGUUGUUGCGCUCGUGUUUCUGUACGGACUGUGGAGACUGCAGCACCGCCGGAAGUUCAUUCCACGCUUCGACUCGCGACGGGACGCCUCAAUAAACGAGAAUUAUUUACGAAUUUGAUAAUUAAAUCGUUUUUACGACACACGAGACACUAAUAAUGUCUGACAACGAAGACAAUUUUGACGACGGAGACUUCGACGAUGCUGAAGACGAGGAGCCUCUGGAUGAUCUGGAGAACGCGGAGGAUGAGGAUCAGGAGAACAUUCAGAUCCUGCCGGCGGGUGAAGGACAACAGGCCAAUCAGAAGAGAAUCACCACUCCUUACAUGACCAAAUACGAGCGCGCGCGAGUGCUGGGAACACGAGCGCUGCAGAUCGCGAUGUGUGCACCGGUGAUGGUGGAACUGGAAGGAGAGACGGAUCCACUGCAGAUCGCCAUGAAAGAACUCAAGAGCAGGAAGAUCCCCAUCAUCAUUCGUCGGUAUCUGCCGGAUGGGAGUUAUGAGGACUGGGGCUGUGACGAGCUCAUCAUUACUGACUGAGAAUCACACUCUCACAAUCACACACACACACUCUCACACACACUCGCACACACACACACACACACACAC